AUGGAUCAGAUGUCGCCUGAUAACAUUAAUGGAGUCAUAUUAGCCGUCUCUUCAAGUAUUUUCAUUGGAUCCAGCUUCAUCAUCAAGAAGAAAGGUCUCAAGAAAGCUGGUGCCAGCGGAGUCCGAGCAGGUGAAGGAGGACAUGGAUACUUAUAUGAACCAUGGUGGUGGGCUGGAAUGAUAACAAUGAUUGUUGGGGAAAUAGCUAAUUUUGCAGCCUAUGCAUUUGCACCGGCUAUUCUAGUAACACCUCUGGGAGCUCUAAGUAUUAUAUUCAGCGCAGUGCUUGCACAUUUUAUCUUGCAAGAGAAACUGCAUAUGUUCGGUAUUCUUGGUUGCGUUCUCUGUGUUGUUGGCUCUACAACGAUCGUCUUACACGCCCCGCACGAGCAGAAGAUCGAAUCAGUCAAGCAAGUAUGGAAGCUUGCUAUUGAACCAGGUUUUCUUGUGUAUUCUGCUGUGAUCGUGAUUGUUGUACUUGUACUGAUCUUCUACUACGAACCUCGCUAUGGGAAGACUCAUAUGAUUGUAUAUGUUGGAAUCUGCUCUCUUAUGGGAUCUCUUACUGUUAUGAGUGUCAAAGCUGUGGCUAUUGCCAUUAAGCUUACAUUCUCAGGGAAUAAUCAGUUCAAAUACUUCCACGCUUGGAUCUUCAUUCUCGUAGUUGCGACUUGUUGCAUCUUGCAAAUCAAUUACUUGAACAAGGCAUUGGAUAGAUUCAACACAGCGGUUAUUUCCCCGGUUUACUACGUCAUGUUCACAACAUUCACCAUCAUAGCUAGCAUGAUCAUGUUCAAGGAUUGGGCUUCGCAGAGCGGUUUAAAGAUUGCGACAGAGUUGUGCGGUUUCGUGACGAUUUUGUCAGGAACGUUUCUGCUUCACAAGACGAAAGAUAUGGGGAACAGUGAGAGUGUUAGUGGUCGUGGAUCUGCCUCCAUCCCCAGAGACAGAGACACUCCUGUUUUCACUAAUUCAGGAUCCGGCCGGAGCUCCAACUCGGAGAAAAUAGCCUCCUGA